GCGGAGCGGCGGGAGCCGAGCGCGGUCGCGGCGGAGGCGGUGCCCAGGGAGGGAGGGCGGCGGGGCCGAGCACAGCGCAGCGCUCUGGUCAUCGGCAGCCGCCGCCAGGAUGCCCCGACCCGCGGGCUGCUCCUCCGCCAGCCACCCCCGCAGCCCCUGGCGGCGGGGUCUCAGUGCCAGGGCGCGGGAACCGCAGCCGGAGCCGGAGGCGGGAGCAGCGAGCUAGAGCCUCGGGCGCCCGAAUGCUGGCUGCUUGUGGCCCCUGGCAUCACCAGGCCCCGACGUGUGAGGGCCGCUGCAUCGUGAGGAGGAGAAGGAUGCCUCAGCCACUCGCCAGCUCCCGUCUGCACCAUGAGUGAUGAGCGGCGGCUGCCUGGCAGUGCGGUAGGCUGGCUGGCGUGUGGAGGCCUGUCACUGCUAGCCAACGCCUGGGGCAUCCUCAGUGUGGGUGCCAAGCAGAGGAAGUGGAAGCCUCUGGAGUUCCUGCUGUGCACACUGGCAGCCACCCACAUGCUCAACGUGGCGGUGCCCAUUGCCACCUACGCCGUGGUGCAGCUGCGGAGGCAGCGUCCCGACUAUGAGUGGAACGAGGGCCUCUGUAAGGUGUUCGUGUCCGCCUUCUACACCCUCACCCUAGCCACCUGCUUCUCCGUCACCUCCAUCGCCUACCACCGCAUGUGGAUGGUCCGCUGGCCAGUCAACUACCGGCUGAGCAAUGCCAAGAAGCAGGCGGUGCACACAGUCAUGGGCAUCUGGAUGGUGUCUUUUAUCCUUUCGGCCCUUCCUGCCGUUGGCUGGCACGACACCAGUGAGCGCUUCUACACCCACGGCUGCCGCUUCAUCGUGGCUGAGAUAGGCCUUGGCUUCGGCGUCUGCUUCUUGCUACUGGUGGGUGGCAGCGUGGCCAUGGGCAUGGUCUGCACAGCCAUUGCCCUCUUCCAGACACUGACCACGCAGGUGGGGCACCGGGCAGACCGCCGUGCCUUCACUGUGCCCACCAUCGUGGUGGAGGAUACGCAGGGCAAGCGUCGCUCCUCCAUUGACGGCUCGGAGCCUGCCAAGACCUCGCUGCAGAUUACGGGCCUGGUGGUCACCAUCGUGGUCAUCUAUGACUGCCUCAUGGGCUUCCCUGUGCUGGUGGUGAGCUUCAGUAGCCUGCGGGCUGACGCCUCGGCACCCUGGAUGGUACUGUGUGUCCUGUGGUGCUCGGUGGCCCAGGCCUUGCUGCUCCCUGUCUUCCUUUGGACCUGUGACCGCUACCGGGCAGACCUCAAGGCAGUCUGGGAGAAGUGCAUGGCCCUGAUGUCCAAUGAUGAGGACUCUGACAAUGAGACCAGCUUAGAUGGCAGCAUCUCCCCUGACCUAGUAUUGGAGCGCUCCCUUGACUACAGCUAUGGAGGUGACUUCGUGGCUUUGGACAGGAUGGCCAAGUAUGAGCUCUCUGCCUUGGAGGGAGGCUUACCCCAGCUCUACCCUCUGCGGCCCCUGCAGGAGGAUCGGAUGCAGUAUCUGCAGGGCGCGGGGAGGCAUCAGAGCGGGUUUCCAGGAGGGCAGCCCCGUUUCAGCCCGGCCGGGUGCUCGCAGGUCCCACCCACACGGCGGUUCUCCCACGAUGACGCCGAUGUAUGGGCCGCCGUCCCGCUGCCCACUUUCCUGCCGCGCUGGAGCUCCGGCGAGGACCUGGCAGCCCUGGCACACCUAAUGCUGCCCGCGGGGCCCGACCGGCGGCGCGGGAGCCUGCUGGCUUUCGCUGAGGACGCACCCCCAUUCCGCCCGCGCCGUCGUUCGGCCGAGAGCCUGCUGUCCCUGCAGCCCUCGUCCGUGGAUGGCGGCCUGCGUCGCACCCACGACUCGCCUCCAGGCAGCCCGCGUCGCCGCCCCGGGCCCGGCGCCCGCUCCGCCUCGGUCUCGCUGCUGCCCGAUGCCUUAGCGCUGACCGCCUUCGAGCUCGAGCCCCAGGCCCUGCGUCGUCUACCCGCCCCAGCGCGGCCCUUCCCGGCCGCCUCCUACUGCACAGGGCCUUGUGAGGUGCCGACGCCUCCUGGCGGCCGUGCGCAACGCAGCCAUGGACGCAGGGCCACGCGCGCGCAUGCGGGGCCCCUGCAGACCUGCCUGAGCGCGUCGUGGGGCGAGCCCGGAGGCUUGCACGUGGUGGGCGGCGGCAGCACCAGCAGCUUUCUGAGCUCGCCUUCCGAGUCCUCGGGCUACGUCACGCUGCACUCGGACUCACUGGGCUCUGCGUCCUAGGGCCCUCACGGGCCUCUCCAGAGACACCAUACAGAUGGGAGAGGCGCUGCACCAAAGAUGCCACCGCAUGUGUUAGGAGCACGGACAAGUGCCACCCACCCUAGGGGUGAUUGGAUGGUUGUCUCUGCGCCCCUCGUGUGGUUCCUUCCUUCUGAUAUCGCCUGGAGGAAUGAUGGCCGCCCUUGAUGGCUGCAUAGGACAUAGACCUGCUGCUGAGCACAGCACCUCCCAGGAAUGGACAGACUGUGCCUUUGAAGUGAGUGGCAUCUACACACUUGGUACACCUCCCCCAGCCCUCUGAGGCUAGACUGGGUAUAUAGGGGACUCUGAAACCCGUCCACCAUGAGAAAGGACAAAGUCUGUUCUUGGAGAAGCUUAAGCCAGAAGCUACAGGACGACAUUCAUCUUUACUGGCCCUGUAUCUGCCUCCCCUUAAGGGUAUGGCCUGUAGAGCUUCUGUGAGCACAGGGGUCUUCAGAACCCAAACAAGUUCUACUGAGCAGGCUUCCCCGUGACCUGCCUCAGUUUCCCUUCUCUGAUGAGUGGAUGACCAUGAUACAUCUCUCAGGGCUGUUUGAAGAAUAAUCCUGGUCUAUGUGCCCUCCUACUUGAAUGGACCAGAUGCGAGAGGUAGUCUAGGGCCUUUUGUGAGGGUUAGCCUUCAGCACGUGAACCCCCGGAUCUGAGGCCUCCCCGUCUCAAUGACCCUUGCCCUCUUGGAAACUCACCUUAGCUAAAGCACAACACCAUGGGUAUAACAGCCACCUUGGCCCCCAUUAGUGUCCCCGUGCUCAAGACUCCACCAUAUUGCCUGUCUCCCACUAUGCCGGCCACUCCCACUAUGCCGGCCACUCCCACUAUGCCGGCCACUCCCACUAUGCUGGCCACUCCCACUAUGCCGGCCACUCCCACUAUGCUGGCCACUCCCACUAUGCCGGCCACUCCCACUAUGCCGGCCACUCCCACUAUGCCGGCCACUUCUGUAUCCUGCUGCCAAGGCUGUGGGUACCCGGUGCAGAGAGCUGAAGCGAUGGAAGUGGGCUUCCCUGUCUUGGUGCCCAUCUCCAGCUUUGCCUCCCACCCACGCAGGCAAAGGCCCCACAAUGGGUGGCCUCUACCCCUCCUCAGCCACAAAGAAGGGCUUUGCUCUUCUGGGUAGACCUCUCUCCGGGCUGUGCCAGGGACAUAGGUCUUCCCAGGAAAUACCCAGGCUGUGAGCUGGGAAUGGGGUAGCACUGCCAUGUCAGGUCUGGAGAUGGUCUUAAGGCCAGCACAGAGCAGCCUGUGCCCCCCUUUUCACUGCCCAAUGGCCAGGCCCAUCUCCUCUCCCUCUCCAGGCGGAGUUCCAACUCCAGCUGGGGAUGGGGGUGGGUGACUGCCCUAUCCUAGGCCUCAGAGGUCCCUGUAGUCCCUGGGUAUGGGGUCAGCGAAAGAUAAGCCACCCCAAAUGAGCAGAGCAGGGGACUGCAGUCUGUCCAUCUCUGGACGUGGGAGAAAGCUUCCUCUGGCCCAUUUGCUGCUGUGCCUUUAGGGACUUGAUGUCGUGUGGGUAGGGGCAGAGGCCACCAGCUAGCCGCUGUCUGCCUCACCUGCCUCAAAUCAUCAAUUUAUCACCUUCAGUUUUCACUCUGUUUUGUAUUCAAUGGCAAUACUUGUAACGGGGACGUGGUCCCCCCAAGUCUCUUCUACUUUUUACAAAACUUUAAGGGCAAACCCCAAGCAGAACACCCUAGGCUCUAGGGCUCUUUCCCAGUCCUUGUUCAGCCUCCCUGUUUGCUGACGCCUGUAAGGACCUUGGCCACGGGUUACCGUUAAGAACGCUAACUGUAUACCACCGUCCAGCCCCGAGUCAGGGAUUCGUUUGUAGAUUUUUGAAAAAUAGCUUUUCUCUUCUGUACAGGACCCAAUUAAAAAAAAAGUCCUCAUGGUUUGCACACAGCCUUCUGAGGCUGGUUCACGGAAACCUGUCUUUGCAGCCCAAACCAGCUACUCCCCUGACGUCUAGACCUGUGUACCAUUCCCUUGGACUUGCCAUUUCUCCAAGCAGGUGCUCCAGUCCUGGCCAGAGAGACAGACCUGGGCCCACAACCCUAGGAAGCAGCGGGUGGGCCCCAAAGCCCACCAGUCAGAGAAAGGUCCUCUGACACGGGUGGCAACCUGACCUGGCGUGGAGCCAGGGUUUGAUCGCCCCUGUGAGGUUAUCUCAGUACCUCUACGACUGGCUUGGACACCUCGCUCUCAGACUCUGGUGGAUUCACCGACCACUCCUUCUGGUCCUCGCUGAGAGGCCGCCACCUAGCGGUAGAGGAGAGAAAAGUCUUGGCUUUUCUCCCACCAGCUUGGCUGACCAGAGGCCACCUUGAGAUGGCCAGGGCUGGGCUCUGUACUGGUCCUUGCUCCAGAAAACCCGUGGUGUGGGGAUGGGUUAGUGUGGGAGAGCCAAGUUGCGGAGAAUCCUGAGUAGACCAGAGCGUGUUUAUCGGCAGGGCAAGAGCCGCCCCAAACUUGAUAUUACGUGGUACACUCACGUCUCGGCCUCUGUACAAACGGCCAGUCUUUAUUCAGAAUUGCACGUUGGUACUAGGAGGUGCUGGACCCCAGGCUGGCCCACGACAGGAGCCUAGGAGAGAAAAGCUCUCCUCUGUAGUCUCAGCUCAUGGUAACAGGUGCAAGAGCACUUCAAGAGCCUAGGGCUCAGAAGGCGCUAUGUGGUCCCAGGCACCCAUCUUUUCAGAACAUAAAAUGCGCAGCUCUCGGAAGUGUGGAGCUUUGCACGGGCGGUGCCACGC